AUGCCUAUUGAAGAGAACUUUGAAUUCGAGUCGGACGCCUACCGACGGGAGGUCAAAACCUUCAACAUUGCCAGGCUUAAGCAGCAAGAAAAAGCCAUGGGGCGAAAGUGCUUAACGAGCGGCUUUGCUACGAGUUUUGGGGUAGGCAGCGCAUGGUUUUCAGGGGGGCUAAGCUUGCUACUGGCUGGUUAUAAAAGCCGAAGCACAUACGUGGCUUACAAGAAGCGCGAAAUUAUCCAAGACGAGCUUCGUAGGCGUAACCAGGAAGUUGGCCAUAUCACCGGCAAAGACGCCGCCGUCUCGUGGUCGAUCGGGGCAUUGGCGGCUUUGGUCGGCAUGGAGAUAGGCGACUUCACUGCUGAAAUCACUAACAUCGAAGAAAUGGGCAAGGGACUAGCACCUGGUGCGAACGAUAGUACAGGCCUGCUGACCGAUCCGGGCACGGCGGUAGACGGUAUGGCCGGUCAAGUCCAACAACUCGCCGCACGCGCUCUAGGUGAGAAUGCCGCGAGCGCUGCUACACAAGUAGCCGCUGCAGAUGCCACUGCCUACCACGCAGGCAUGAUUCAAGCGAAAAUCAUAGAAGAGCACUUGGGAAACGAGGCGACAGAAGCUGCGUUGAUGCAGAACAUCUAUAGGAGUAGGGCAUUGUUACUGGCGUAA